GCUUUUCCGGGCUAAAUCUAUCUGUUUUGACGCAGCUCGUCCUCCUGUUAAAUUUCCGUCCUCCCAUUGGCUAACAUACAAAGUUUGUCGUUUAGGGAAAAAAAGUUUUAUUGGAAGAAGUUGUCGCACAUCGUAGGUUGCUAAUGUUUUAAAAUAUAAAACUUAGUAAUUCGGAAAAAAACCCAACAUUUAAAAUCCUACGCAAGUAAUAAACUUGAACGAGAACAACCUGGAGCUAAUUUACUGUCUUCGAGCUGAACAGUUUGGGGAACGUUAGCUAACUGGAGGCUGGCGACAAAAUGCUAACAUCCAUAACGUUUAUGUUUAUCUGCUUUGUUGGGAAAUGGCAGAGCAGGACCCGAUAGCGGGAUGCAGCACCGAUGUGCUGGUCAGUUUCGCCGAGUCUCUGCAUAUAUACACUGGACUGCUGACUGUGGCUACAGUGUGUGGAGGUCUUUCAGGGAUAUUAGCAGCUGCUCUACUAUAUGUCUACUGCCUGAAACCCUUGCUGUUGACGAGACAAGGUUACAAUGCAAGGCGUCUGCUUGAACCUGAUGACGGAGAAGUGGACAACAACCAGAGUGACUGUGUCAGCAGCAGCAGAAAGGAGGCUCCCAGUGUCCCCACCAAUGACAAAGAGAAGAAGCAGUCACCCAUGAACAGUGAUGUGGCUGCAUUUGCAUCCAGAGCAAAGGUGGUUUAUCCCAUCAACCAAAAGUACAGACCUUUAGCAGAUGGAGCAUCCAACCCAUCACUACAUGAGCACUCCAAGUUGCCAGCAAUGCCUAACGAAGAGUCAUCCUCCUCCACGGAGGGAGAGUCUCUGAGCCAAGAGCAGGACAACGAUGACAGCAGUCAGUUCAUCUCCUCUUCGCUGGUCCCAAGGAGCCUGCAGAAUCAGAGCUUCACCAGGGUCUCCCACUACCCUCACACGCUCACACAACCAGGUUUCGAAGGUAGGAUCAGCCUUUACUGUUUGGCCCUGCAGGAUUUACAGCAACAUUGCUCCCAGCUUCAGGAAGAAAAAUAUCUGAUGUAUCUUCAAAUGGUUAAAAUGGUAUUCAGCUGUCGUUUCCCAAAAGACAAAAAUGAUGCUGACUUCUCCAAGAAUAUUCUUCAAAUGCAAGAAGAGGAACUGAACGAACUGAAGAAGCAGUUUCCAACAAGCCACUCUGCCAGUGAGAAAAAUGAUGAUGCUCCCUGUACAUUGGAGGAGAUUGAGAGAGCCCAGAAAGAUCUUCUUGAGCAUGGCCUUCAAGUGUCUAAGCGCUUCAGCAAACAGUUGGAGGACUUGUGCCAGCAUCUUCUGAAGAGGACCAGUGUUUUAUCUGCAGAUGAAGCCCAGGAUGUGAUUCUCUCUCACAUCCAGACUCUUGUGUUAAUAGAGAACCACCUGAUGAACACACAAGAAGCUGAUCUAAAGAGGAUCCAGCAGAAGUUGUUGUGGUGGGAGGAGCUGACUGGGCUUCUUCAGUCCCAACCUGCCUUGCUAAAGCGAGAAGUGUCUCUGAGGCAGGGCCUGAUAGCAACAACACUGGAGCAGCUGACAAGCGAUGACCUCAUGUUGUUUAGCCACAUGGAAAAGAUACUUUCAGAGGUCCAGACAACUCUUACCGAAGGCCUUCAACAGUGCACUGAGGAGUGCAGGAGGAAGACAAAGGAGCUAGUGAACGACAAGUGCAGCAGAAUGGAGUCCAAGAAGAAGAAGCUUUUGAGGAGCCAGACCAAGGAGAAGAGCUGUGCCCUGGAACUGAGACAGGCACACGGUGACCUGCAGCAGCUCACCAAGAUGUACCAGGAGCUGCUGACAAAACACAGGCAGCAGAUUUCAGACUUAGAGCAGCAGCAGGACAACAGGGUUGCUGAAACCCUCUGUGACCACUGGAAGAAACUCCGUACCUUCUGGUCAAAGAGGCUUGGGGAGAUCACUAAGGACGUCUUUUGCACCUCUGUGCUCGCCCAGACAAAUCUCUCUGCCGAGCGCUGUGAAGAGCUGUGGUUGGAUCUUGAGCAGGAGCUGGCAGCACAGCUGCAGCAGGCAGAGUGCACUAUUAAGCUGCAACUGGGGGACAUGAGGGCUCAGCUGGAUAAAGAUGGACAGGUGUGGAGUGAGGAGAUGGCUCUGGUGCAGGCCUGUCUCAAACACCUGAGUGAACAACAGAUGAAGAUCCUCAGAGCCAUAGUGGCCAGACAGAGCUACACCCUCGACAGUCAAGUAGGGAGGUUGAUAGAGAAGAAACAUGAGCACCUGUUGGCAGCAUUGCAGAGGUACUUUGUGGUCAGGCACUUCUGUCUGCACAUGCUUAAGGAGAUGAGGCUGUCCAAGCUGAAGGCACUCUCUCAGAAUGAUUUUAGAGCUGUGCUAAUGGAUGACCCCAGUAAAAGCCAGCCCUGUAUCAAUUCAGCUCUCAAGAACAGCAGUGCCAGCCUGGCAGAGAGGCAUCUGGGUCCAGAGAGUCAGCUGGUGGGCCACAGCUUCCAACAGGAGUUCCUGUCUGAACUAGAAACGGGGACAGAGCUUCUUCAGGGCCAUGCACAAGUAGUGCUAGGCAACGCCCUCAGCCACGCCAUCCAACAGAUGAUGGAGACGCUGCCCACUGAGUCACAAACUUCUCCCAAAGAGGAUGACGGCUUGAAGCGCCACCUGACAGAAGCUGCCUCGGAGAGUGUGUAUGUGACCAAAGACUCUCUCACUGCUCUGGUUCAGAGCUACUACUCCCACCUGCAGGACAUCAUCAAAAAACUACAACAGGAUCGAUCAAACAUAGACCAGGAUGAGAGUGAGAGACAUGAGAGCAGCAGUCAGCUUCACAGAUCCUUGCUGAGGGAGUUGAUGAACUGGGGCAAGAAACCGACCUCUGCUGAGUUUCAACAGAGGGUUGAACUCCAAAAAAGGAAAGUGUUGGAGCAGUGUGAAAUGGAACAGGGAGUGAUAUACGAGGAGCUGAGGCGGAAAAAAGUCGUGCAGGAUCGGGACAUGGAAAUGAGCAAAGCACAGCUGCUGGAGGCAGAAGAAGGCUUCAUAAAGGAGCUGGCAGCCUUGGCCCGAGUUUCUCUCCACACUUCAGAUCCAGAAGCCAGCGGUGAUGAGGACAACAUGGGUAAUCAGAGUGUUAAUAUACUGGACCUGCUUGCCCUAAACCCAGCAUUAGAUCCGGCCUUGAAUCCUUCCCUGACUCCAACGGCUGUAACUCCAGCGGUGAAAUCCAAACCAAAGAAGAAAUGAAAACGACAUCUCAGCUGAAAUCUUAGUGCAGUAAUGUCUCCAUAUAUAGGCUGCAGUGAUGUCCCGUAAAAAAGUGUUACUCUUAUUUUUAUAGUUGGUUCCUUAUAAUGUAAUGUAACUACAUGUCUGUUGGUAGCCAUUUUACCGUAAGGAUGGUACCUCUGGUUUGGUUGCACUGAAGGAUAAGUUGACCCAAAAAUUAAAUGCAGUCAUUGUCUAGUCACCUUCAUGCAGGUGGAAAGUCAGGUGAAGUUUGAAAAGACGUCAUUUAAAACGCUGAUGCAUGACUGAGCUGGUGCACCUACUUCAAACGGGAUCCUUGCUAACAUUUUGAGCUUAGCAGCUAAAGUGUAGUCUGUAAAUAGGGUGUAAACAAAUGUUUGAAGCCAUUUCAUGUUUUGUCCCCAUCUACUACAGUUUAGGAGAAUGCUGCAAUGCUACUUUGCUGUGAGGAUCCACAAUUGUUUGGCGACUGCGAAACUUCACCCGACUAAUGACUUAAUUUUCAUAUUUGAGUGAACUUUUCCUUUAAGUGUGACGCAUCUGUCCCAAAUUAGUGUGUAUAAGGACUGUUCAGUCUAAUUUUAAAUGUUUCUAGAAGUGUUUACUGACAUGUUGGAUUGAUGACAAAUGUUGUCUUUCUGCAAUUAGUCUGUAUUUUUUUCUAAAUGCCAUGUAGCAUCAAACAUCGCAUAAAAAUAAUAAUAACAAAGCAUU